UACCUGGAAGCUCACCACCUCCCAUCGCCCUUCUUCGCCGCCAACGCUCCUGUAAUGGAGGAGAACUCACUCCCGCCGCACGUCGCCGCCUCGCGUCUCGCAGUAAUUGACGCCACGCUGGAGCUCCGCGAUCUUUCGCUCGGCCCAAAGGAAGUGUUGAUAGACAUGGUGUGCAGCAAAAGAAAGUCGACGCGGAGGCCAUCCAUCGCCUUGAUGUCGCGCAGCAUGUUCCGGUGGGAAAAUGGGAGGGGCAUUGCAUACGCUGAGCUUGCCCGGCAGCUGGGAGUGAGCGACCGCGCCGUUACUCAAUUGCUCCGAGCUGCUAUUGCACAUCGAGUGUUCUUGGAGUCCCGUCCAGGAUACGUCGCACACUCGGCCGCCUCGCAGAUGCUCGCAAAGGACUGGAUGGGUGCCGUAGUGCUCGACAUUUCGCCAUUUUUUGAACUGCAUCUCGCGCGCACUGCAGACCACGGCGGGAAGCUGGAAACCUUUUACAACACCAUCGACCGGGAGCCGGAGCGUGCACGGCGAUUCGCGGCCGUCAUGAGCCACUUCCAGCAAGGCGACGGCUAUUAUGUGCACCACGUCGUCGAAGGCUAUGACUGGGCGGCGCUGAGUCGCGGCGCGGUGGUGGUGGACGUCGGCGGUAGUCACGGCGACACGUCGGUCGCGAUCGCAGAACGCUGGCCGCAUCUGCAAUUCGUGGUUCAAGACUUGACCAUGCUGGCCUUGUUCAACGCGGGCGAUCGCGAGGCCGAAGAUUGA